CAUGGCGGACCAAAGCUUGAGCGAGUGUAUUGUUUUCUUUAUCAAUUUACUUUAUAGUAAAAACUGUAUUUUGUAUUAUAUUUUAUAACAAAUUACGUAGAUUAAACUUUUUUCGUUGAAAAACUGAACUUCGUUUUAUAAAAUAAGUGUCAAAAAGGAGUGAAACUGUUAAAAUGGCGGCAGUCCAAGGAGCCGGUAGCAAGCAAUGGCCAGCGAGACCAGGUGUCCAGCAUCAAAAUAGCCAAAGCAAUGCAAGUUUAACGUUAAAUAGAACAAUAAAUCUUUAUCCCUUAACGAAUUACACAUUUGGUACCAAGGAACCACUAUUUGAAAAAGAUGCAUCUGUACCAGCUAGGUUUCAGAGGAUGCGUGAGGAAUUCGGAAAGAUAGGCAUGAGAAGAUCAGUAGAAGGUGUGCUAUUAGUUCAUGAACAUGGUCUCCCUCAUGUGCUGCUUCUCCAGCUGGGCACAGCUUUCUUCAAAUUACCAGGCGGGGAACUGAAUCCCGGAGAGGACGAAAUUGAAGGAUUGAAGAGACUGCUUACAGAGACACUCGGUAGACAAGACGGUGUUAAACAGGAGUGGUCCAUAGAAGACACUAUAGGCAACUGGUGGCGCCCGAACUUCGAACCGCCCCAAUAUCCAUACAUUCCACCGCACAUAACAAAGCCCAAGGAACACAAACGUCUGUUCUUAGUUCAACUACAAGACAGGGCACUGUUUGCUGUGCCGAAGAAUUAUAAAUUAGUAGCGGCUCCACUGUUUGAGCUGUACGACAACGCACAGGGCUAUGGACCAAUAAUAUCGUCCCUGUCGCAGAGCUUGUGCAGAUUCAACUUUGUGUACAUGUGAGAUAGUAGAAGGGAGGGGAGAAGGGAUAUGUGGGUACGUUGGGAACCUUAUUGAAAUGUGUCGUGUUCCAUACAAAAUUAUAUUUAAAGUGUUACACAAUAGUGAACGAUUUGUAACAAUAGUAAUCGGACAAACAUGAUAAGAACAAUUUCAUACUAUCAUAGUGAAAUGUACAAUAGCCUAUUCCAAUUCAAGCGGUUGAGUUUAAAAAAAUCAACUAAUAAUCCAUGUGAUUAACUAACGGCUUUGCUGUAUUAUGCACUACAAACAGUUCUUGUUUAACAAGUUUCCGCCUGCGUGUUAGAUAGGCGUUAGGGAAAAAAAAGUUGCCUGUAUCCUUCCUUGGGGUUUAAUCAUGAUUCAUAUCAAAUUUCAAUAACCUUGAUUCAGUGGCCGUGAAAGCGUAACAGAUAGAAUUAAUUACCCAUUUAUAUAUUUAGUUUAGAUAUGACAACACACUUCAAUUCAAUUGUUUAUAUUCAUUUUCAUUCCAAAGUUCAGAUAACUUUGUUGAUUUUAAUUUUUGUUAAGAGAAAUUCAAUCAUACUUGAUUCCAGUUCUCGACCAAUGAUAUCGCAUCGAUUCAGUGUUGGAGUUGUCUAUGUAUCUUUACUCGUCUGAUUAGAAUAGGCUGUGUGUAAUAUACAUUUGAAAUGAACACAUUCUAUCCCCCCCUCUAAAUAUAGAUAUAAAUUAAAUAUAAGCAGACUAUUUGUUUGUAAUAAAUAAGUUAAUUUGACUAAAUAAUAAAAUUAA